GGGGCGGGGGCGGGGGCGGCAAAAGGAAAAUCGGCGACGAACGAGACGAGCGAGCCUCUUUUCCAUCUCGCGAUGUAUAAGAGGAGGACUGGCUCUGUGUCACCCGCUAUUCACCGCCUACACCAUGAGACACGGACUGAUGAACCUCCUCGUCGGGUUCCCGACGUUCCUCGCGUUCGGGUACUCGCUCACGUUCUUCGGCGGCAUCAUGUCCUACCCCAGCUUCUAUAGGGAAUACAACAUGCUGGACACGGCGACGACGAAGGGUGCGCUCAAGCGCAACAACUCGCUGCUGCAGGGCGUGGCGAAUGGCAUGACGAAUCUCGGUGGCGCGUGUGCCUGCCUCAUCGUGCUGUACUACGGCAACCGUCUCGGCCGGCGCAAGAUGAGCUUCAUCGGCGGCGUCAUCGCCAUCGUCGGCACGGUAAUCUUCUGCACCUCGUACUCGUUCGCGCAGAUCCUCGUGUCGCGCUUCAUCCAGGGUAUUGGGAUCGGUAUCGGCAUCGCCACGGUGCCCGUGUGGCAGUCCGAGCUUGCGACGACCAAGAACCGUUCCGCGCACGUCAUCGUCGACGGCAUCAUGGUGUCGGCGGGCUUCAUGAUCGCGUCGUGGAUUACCUACGGCUUUUCAAAGGCAAGCACCCUCGACUCGUGGCAGUGGCGCGUGCCCGGCACGCUCAUUGGUAUUUUCGCCCUGCCUAUUGCAGGCGCCUCGUUCAUGUUCCCCGAGUCGCCGCGGUGGCUCGUCAUGCAGGGGCGAGCGGAUGAGGCGCGUGAGAUCUUCGCGGACAUGUUCAAGGACUCGGAGGACCCCGACAUUGUCGAGAACACCCUCAACGCCGCCGUCCGCGUCAACGAGACCGUCACGCACACCAGCUGGACCGGCCUCUUCCGCAUGGGCAAAGACAAGAUGCUCUGGCGCCUCUUCCUCGCCGUCACCGUGCAGUGGUUCACGCAGAUGAACGGCGCUGGCAUCAUCACGGCGUACGCGAACCAGCUGUUCGGCACGAUCGGGCUUGAGCCCGACACGGCCAAGAUCGUCGCCUCGGUAUCGCUCACGUACAAGUUCCUCACAUGCUUCAUCGCCUUCUUCGUCAUCGAGCGCGUGGGCCGCCGCGCCCUCUUCAUAACUUCGGGCAUCGGCAUGGCCAUCUCCAUGUUCGUGCUCGCCAUCUGCGGGUCCCAGACCACCGACACCAAACUCGCUCCGGCGUACGUCGCCAUCGUUUUCGUAUUUGUCUUCCUGCUCUUCCUCCCGCUCGCGUUCCUCGGCGUCAACUUCCUCUACUGCCAGGAAAUAAUCAGCACCCCCUACCGCGCCCCGGCGGGCGGCAUCUCGUCUGCCACACUCUGGCUCUCCCAGUUCGUCCUGGCCCUCACCACGCCCCUCUCCCUCGAAGUCCUCAAGUGGAAGACGUACCUCGUAUGGGGCUGCGCCAGUGCCGUCAUUCCGCCCGUAGUGUACCUCUACUACCCCGAGACGACCAACCUGUCGAUGGAAGAGCUGGAGGGUAUUUGGUUCGCGCCCGGCUUCCGCGGCCCUGUCAAGGAGGCGGCGCAUUUGCGCGCCCUCAAGGCGCAGGGCGUCACGGAGAAGUCGGUUCUUGCCGGUGAGGCUCAUGUCGAGGACAAGACGCACGGCACCACCAUGGUCGAGAAAGUCUGAGUGCAUCGUACCAGGUUGGACAGGUAGACCACCUAGAUCAGUAGAUUCAUUACCGGCACAGCAUUUACUAGGCAUAAACUCAUUUGUAAGCAUUGAUGCAGACCAUCACAACUCCAAGCUUGAGAGCUGCGUCGCGUCGCCCUGUCAAUGUAGAGGAUAGCAGGUGAGCGCGUGGUAUCCACUC